UUGCAGUCUGGAAAGAGCAAAAGAAACACUGAAUUUUAUUCCUGAGUUUGCACGCGUUGUUUAGUUGUUCUCGUUUUACAAUAACAGUCAUGGAAUAGUUCGGGAGACUUCUUUGUGUUGAAUAUGUUUUUCUGUUAAAGAAGUAUUUGUUUUCCAAUUAAAUAAUGGGAUUUAAAACAUCAGGUUAACGCGUAAAACGUGUAAUAUGAAGUUACUUGCUGUUAUACUGCUUGUGGUAGGCCUAGGUGGACCUAUUUGUGCUGAAAAAGAAAGAAAGGAUAGCACAGAAUUAUCGCGCGCUUUGGAUGACCGGCCUUUAUUGUUUGCCACCUUAGGUGGUGGAAUGGUGGCGGUGGAACCUGUUACAGGAAAUAUUAUUUGGAAAUUGAAAGAUGAGCCAGUAGUAAAAGUACCCAAUCAGCAUGCAAAUCUCAUGCCUCAAUUCCUGCCGGAUCCUCGCCAUGGUUCACUUUAUAUGUAUGGACCGAGGGGGGACAAACAGAUGCUCAAGAAGCUACCAUUUACAAUACCAGAGUUGGUUGCUAAUGCACCAUGCAGGUCUACAGAUGGGAUUUUGUAUACGGGGAAGAAGAGUGAUACAUGGUUCAUGCUCGAUCCAUUAACUGGUUCGAGGGAGCACAUUUCUGGUUUCGAUAAAUCGAAAAUAUUUAAGAAUGAUGAGGACAAUACAUGCGAGCCAGACAAGAGGCGAGGUGUGUAUGUCGCUCGGACUGAGUAUAACAUACUGAUGCAUGACUCCAAGAACGAAAACCAGAGGUGGAAUGUCACAUUUUAUGAUUACACCUCCCAUGCUAUGGGCAAAGAGAUGUUGAACGAUUAUGGUAUAAUUCAUUUCACAUCUACUUCAAAUGGUCGGAUAAUGUCAUUUGACCGUAAAACUGGGGAUUUGGUUUGGUCCCAUAAUUUCGAGACUCCAGUGGUUGCAGCAUAUUUGUUAGAUAGAGAAGGACUGAUCUCUGUCCCUUUCAAUUCCAUCGGAGAUGACACUCUGGAUCACAUAAUGGAAGACGCGACGACACUAAGGAAUGGUCAAGGAAUUAAGAAUUCUAAUAUUGAAUUGUACCCUACUUUAUACAUCGGAGAGCACAACCACGGUCUUUACGCGCUGUCUUCAUUAGUAGACAAGAACACAGUCACAAUAUCAACUGGUUACACCCAUCCUCUCCUGCUCGAAGGACCAGUAGCUGAAAUACAAGCUAGUACGGAAGCGCCGACUUACGAACCAUUCUCAAACAUACAUUACAAACUUAGCGAUCUAAAUCUCCAUGUAUCACCACCUUAUCUUCUAUUAGGACACUAUAAAGUACCAGAGUUAACCACAUCUUGGAUGCCUCAAUUACCAACCGCGAAUUAUCUUAAAGUACCAGGACUUAAUGGGAUGAAGUUAAUAAACGGACGAAUGCAAGCAGAGACAGAAAAAGAUAUGGAAAAUGAGACUAAUCUUAAAUCUAAUUCUGUAUCAGUGUCGGUACAGACUGAUGAGUUGUUCGAAGGUUUCGGAUUUAGACCGGACUUGUGGUACAAGCAGGGCUAUGUGUGGUUACAUCAGCAGGAGAACAAAGCUCUUAAAGUCGCGUUGAUUAUACUUAUGGGAUUAGUCGUCGCUAUGUUCUGGUACCUUCGAUAUCAGGCGAGGGAGUUUCAGCAAUUAUCUCAAGGUGGUUCCCGUGGCUCCACAGUAUCCAAUGCAUCCUCUCAAGGCGAGGUGACUGGUCAGCUUGUUGACCUCGGGGAUGGAGAGGUCCGUAUUGGCAAGAUAACUUUCCAUACGGAUCAAGUUUUGGGCAAGGGAUGUGAAGGAACUUUUGUUUACAGAGGCAUGUUCGACAAGCGCGCUGUGGCGGUAAAGAGGUUGCUGCCUGAGUGCUUUACGUUCGCUGACCGCGAGGUGGCGCUACUUAGGGAAUCAGAUGCGCACGCGCAUGUUGUACGUUAUUAUUGCACAGAACGGGAUAAGCAAUUCAGGUACAUAGCAUUAGAGCUAUGUUCAGCGACUUUACAGGACUAUGUUGAGAUGAAAUUAAACUUCGAAUGUAAGAUAGAUGGUGUGGAAGUAUUGAGGCAGGCGACAUUGGGACUGUCACAUCUACAUUCUAUGGAUAUAGUGCACAGAGACAUAAAGCCUCAUAAUGUGUUACUAUCAAUGCCCACUGGGUCUGGUGAGGUGAGAGCCAUGAUCUCAGACUUCGGCCUCUCCAAGAAGCUGAACAUAGGACGAGUUAGCUUCUCCCGACGGUCUGGAGUCACCGGUACAGAUGGCUGGAUAGCACCUGAAAUGAUAAAUGGAGAGAGAACGACGACAUCAGUGGAUAUAUUCUCUCUGGGUUGCGUGUUCUAUUACGUGCUGUCACGUGGCCAGCACCCCUUCGGCGACGUGUUGCGUCGCCAGGCUAAUAUACUUACCGGCGACUACAGUCUCGAGCAACUAGAUAAAAUCUUACCGGAGGAGGAAUUAGUAGUAACAAAGAUGCUGAUCCGCGCGAUGAUAUCAAGCCGGCCGCAGCUGAGGCCGCCCUGCGAGACUGUACUCAAGUACCCCAUGUUCUGGGGCAAGCAGUCAAUACUAAACUUCUUGCAGGACGUGAGUGACCAAGUAGAGAGUUGUUCGUGCGCAGGCGCAGAGCAUCCUCUAGAGCGAGGUGCGCGGCGCGUGGUGCGCGGUGAUUGGCGCGCGCACGUGAGCGCACCAGUCGCGGGCGACCUGCGUGCGCGACGCACCUACCGCGGCGAACGCGUCGCGCAUCUACUGCGGGCUAUACGUAAUAAGAAACAUCACUACAGAGAGUUAGACAGUGAGGUACGUGACAGUUUAGGUAAAUUACCGGACGGGUUUGUUACGUACUGGUUACGACGGUUCCCACUAUUACUGCCACAUGUUUGGGUACAGAUGCAACAGUUCAGACAAGAAGACAUCCUACAAGCUUACUACCCACACUCCUUCGCAUUUAAUAGAGACGAUGUAUACGAACUGACAGAUGAAGAUAUCGAAGACCCACAAGAAAUAUGUGAUCCAGAUAAAAAUGAAUUAUUCCUAAAAAGUAGAAUAUAUUUUGAUGAAAAGAAAGAACAAGAAAAAUUUUAUAGAUAUAAAUCGCCUAAGAAAAUUGUCGAUUGGCGAAGUGAAUCGUCAAAUUUAAGGUUACAAGAUGACGUCAGAUUAAGAGAUAGGUUUUAUAAAAAGAAGGAAAAGAAAAAAGAAGAGAUUCCAAUAUGGACUCUACCACCAAAGUAAUAAGGCACAAAUCAGAGUAAUAUAUUGUUGUUAUUAGAAACAAAGAAUUUAUUCGUUAGUAUUUAAUACUUAUAAAGAUUGUACAUAGU